AUGGAUCAAAUCUCAAAGCUCAACGCCGCACUCGUUUCGGUGCCGCAGGAGUUGACGGUUGCCGCCGCCAACUUCAACUUGGACUUUUCCCUGAUGAAGGUCGAAGCCCCCAAGGAAUUCCUUGGUGUAGGCGACUCCUUAUCGGCUCAUCGACGAGGCGAGGCCGAGGAAGGCCAAUCUCACAUCACGGCGCGGAAGCUCGGGGCCCUUUUCGAGUCCUUGGUACCACCCGUUCCACAUCUCUACCGGGCCUACGGCAAACGUGCGUCCGAAAUAUCGAGUCGCUCCAAGUCCAAGUGGUCCGAUGGGUUUGAGUCAAAACUCUUCGCGCCCCAGGCUGGUCCUGACGGUACCAGCAUCUGGGCGGCUGCAACGUCUGGACGAGGUGCUAUCGCGGUUCAUCUUCUGGCUUGUAUGCUGGCAAGAAUAUGGAAAAGCCAUGAAGCUAUCUCUUUAUGGGUUGAGCUGGUUGAACGCAGAAAGCAAGAGGUCUUGGACAAGUACGACAGCACAAACGCGACUGAAAUCGCCUCAUUGAUGGCAUCGAAACAGACUUUCUCUCGGCAACAGCUCAGCACCUGGGAUGCGAGCGCUCGCUCUUGGCUUCAAACAGCAGAUGCGGAUCGCAAGUUGCAGCAAACACAGCUUAUGCUAAUAAUAAGCAACGUCCGACUUCCCGUCAACUCCAAAAAGGAUCCAUACGAAAGCGUUGUCGACGCGUGGACUUCCGGUAUGGUUGCGAUGGACCGCUUGGCCCAGGGAAUACCGCAACGGGUACAAGAUGGGACCAUUCUCUUGGCGAUGUCAUCAUGGCACCUGUAUCCGGACAUGGAAGUUCUCCUGCAGGAAACUAAGCACAUCCAGCAGCACGACAAGCUCAUGAACGACGCUUUGAUCACCAUAUCAUCCCAAGUUGUAUCCAAUAAGGAAGGAGUUUUCUGGUCACUCCCACUUUCAAGACUGCGGUACUACUCUGCUCCGGUCAUCUCAGAGCGCCACAUUGCAUCAAACAACUCGAGGGUGACGAUACACGAAUUCUGGCUCAUAGCCCUUGGCGCCAUCAUUUCCCAAUGGGAGCCGUUAUGUCCAAGCACAGAAAUGGGGACCAGGCUCAUCAUUAAUUUGUCGAAACUCGUCAAUGAGCCUGAAGUCACAGUCAGAUGGUUGAAGCAACUGGCUGAAGCGGCUCACAAACUCAGCAUCGGAACUGGUCUUGAGCGCCUUCAGUCGAACAAGCUACUGAAAAUUGGAUUGCUCUUCCGACGCAGGUCUGCAAUCCGAGCAUACUGCCCGGUAGCAACCUUCGAUGAUGUAUCGCUCAGCGCCUGGGUUCGUAUCGUAGCACCAGUUGAGACAGGCACCGAAGCCGCCGCUGAAGGUGCACUCGGCUACCGCGCGAGACGCGAAGAUGGCAAGAAAAGGUAG